CCAAAUAAGAGAAAAGGAAUCACAUUCACAUGGCUCUUGCCAUCUUGUUAAGCUUUAACUUGCAAACUUACAAACCUUUUGCCCUUUCUCUUGCAUUGUCUGAUUUCAAGGACCUCAAGGGAGCUCAACAUUUCUGUUAAAGAUCCAAGAUCAUGCUUCUGAGGAGUUCAUCACACCCUGCAAUCGGGACUCUACUCUCACCAGUCUCAGACAGCCCUACUGAACUCAAUCAAGACACAAGUAGUUUUCGGCAGCUCAGAGGAUUUCGAAGAGCUUGGUCGGAUAGUAACUUGGAAAGGUCACUGCAUUCAUCUUGUCAUAAAGAAGAGCUUCAUUGUUCAACCACACCCCAUAAGUUCCCAGAAAGUCAUAGCAGGACCAUGUUGCGCAGUGCUCCUUCUUUGUCGAUAUUUAAUGUGAAUGAUGUGGUAGAAGAUCAAGAUAAUAAUGGAGGAGAAAAGGAGUCUCUGAUCAGAACAAUUACUAUUGGAGAGAUGAUAGAAGCUAAAGGUAGUGGAGAGUUCAAUUUUGGAAAUGAGCACAUGGGGCUGAUAGAGGAAGAAGGAGAUCUAAAUGGGAUUGAAAAUUUGAAUCUUGAAGAAACAAUGGAACCAGUUAGUCCUCCCUUGUAUCUUGCUUCAGGUCUUGGGAUUGAUGGCAUUGAUUUUGGCGGCGGAAAUGGCGGUGGCGUUGGCGGUUUUGAUUUGACUUCGCCGAACUUUGAUGAAAGUGGCGAUCUUGAAGAGUACUAUAAGAGGAUGGUUGAUGAGUUUCCCUGCCACCCUCUGUUUCUAGCAAAUUACGCUCAGCUUUUGGAGUCUAAGGGAGACCUUGACGGAGCUGAGGACUACUAUCAUCGGGCCACACUCGCAGAUCCUGAAGAUGGUGAAGUCUUACUGAAGUAUGCUAAACUGGAGUGGCAGCUUCACCAUGAUCAAUGUAGUGCUUUGAGUAACUAUCAACGUGCUGUUCUGGCUGCUCCUAAAGAUAGCAAUGUUCUUGCGGCAUAUGCGAGUUUUCUUUGGGAAAUAGAUGCUGAUGGUGAAGAAGAGGCAUUUCAGGCAAAGCAUAUUCAGGUUGAACAACAUCCAACUUUGCCCGGCAACUCAAACACCAAUCAAGAACCUAGGCUUAGCAUCGAUGCGGCUCAUCACUCAGCCUCUGAAGCUGACAAGGGCAACAAUCCUGAAGAGUACUACAGGAGGAUGGUUGAGGAAAAUCCUUCCAACUCUUUGGUUUUACGAAAUUAUGCUCAGUUUCUGUACCAGUCAAAGGGGGACCUUCCAAGCGCCGAGGAAUAUUACUCGCGUGCUGUACUAGCUGAUCCUGGGGAUGGUGAAAUCAUGUCAGAGUACGCAAAGUUGGUGUGGGAAGUUCAUCGAGACCAUGGUAAAGCCUCAAGUUACUUUGAGCGAGCAGUUCAAGCUACUCCCGAGGAUAGCCAUGUUGUUGCAGCAUAUGCUAGUUUCCUCUGGGAAACAGAAGAAAAUGAAGAGGAAAGCACAAAUUCUGAUCAAUUUCACUAUGAAGGUUCGGUGACAACCGCUCAACUCUAACAUGGAUUAAAUAAACAGCAGCAGGAACCUAAUGCUUUACUCAAGGGUACAAAUUCAGGCUGAGAUAAUCCACAACUGUACCAAUCAGAAGAGUGAAGGUCUUCUGUAGAUCUUUUAGCUGCUCUAAUUAGUUUCCUGUGAUCUGCACAAGUGACUUCUGACAUGUUUGAAUUACAAUAAACAUACCUACUCAGAAUAAAACAGGAUUCCCCCCAUUUUAAUUGCA